CCUCCACACCUCGGGACUCGUCGCGCAAGCACAAACUUCACUCUUCGCAAUGGCGCCCAAUCAAGCGCUCACUACCACUUCGAAACUCGAUUCCGCACAAACUCUCCGCGCAACGAGCUCACUUCUUCGCAAAAUUCAGUCCGAUGCCCUCACAUCCACCACCACCGCCGCAAAGACCUCUCUUCUCGCCGACGCAGAUGAUACUCAGGUCGAAGAUGCGACCCCCAUCUGGGCGAUUCUGACGACGAAAAAGCACAUUGUCGACAAGAAGCGCCUGAAGCCCUCAAAGAUCGUCCUUCCGCACCCAUAUCUCAGCGUCGACGAAGAAGGACUACGGAUCUGCCUCAUCACCGCGGACCCGCAGCGGAAGUACAAGAAUCUCGUGGAUGCGGAGAAUGGCUUCCCAGCAGAUGUCGCGGAUAAGGUCAAGAGGGUCAUUGGAAUGGAGAAGUUGAAGGCAAAGUACAAGAGCUACGAGAGCAAGCGACAAUUGUUUGGAGAGUACGAUGUGUUUCUCGCGGAUGAUCGAAUCAUCACCUACCUACCCGGAGUACUGGGAAAGGUAUUCUACAAGGGAGGGUCAAAACGGCCGAUCCCAGUUAGCUU